UUAUCCUUCUACACUUGGAAUAUACACCGCCAUGGAGACACUCGCACACAGCGACGUUGUCGCUUACUUCCGGCGGCCGACGCAGCACACUCAUCUUCGUCCCUCAGCCUCUCUUUUGCUGCUCAAACACACACACACUCCGGUUUCCUCCCUUCUCUGGGUCGCUGCUGCCCGCCAGAUUCCGGCGUGUCAUCGCCGUUUUUCUCAUAGCUCUAGGCUAGACUUAUCUCUCCUUUACAAAUCAAAGCUCAGAAGCAACUUGACAGUUACGGCGGCGAUGAAGAAGGGGAAUAAACCCAAGAAAAAGAGAAAAGAUGACAGCCAUAGCUUCGCCUCCAAGCCCGAUGAAGCCACUGGCCCUUAUCCCGAAGCCGUGCUUCUCAAACAGAGGAGUGUUGAAGAAGAUGGUAGGCUUAUGCCGGAGUUUGCCGAUGUCGAAGAGCGUGAACUCUUUGAGGCUUUAAAUCUGCUGCUAGAGAGUGAUACAAAUGUAGAUCAAAUGCGACAUUAUGAAGUCGUAUAUCUUAUCCAUGAGGAUUACAAAGACGAGGUUGAGAAUGUGAACACCAAAGUUCGAGAUUUCUUGGAGGAAAAGAAGGGCAAGGUUUGGAGAUUCAGCGACUGGGGCAUGCGUAGGCUGGCAUACAAGAUAAAGAAAGCGAAGAAUGCCCAUUACAUUCUCAUGAACUUUGAGGUGGAAGCGCAAUGGAUAAAUGAAUUCAAGAGCAUGCUAGAUAGAGACGAGAGGGUCAUCCGACACCUUGUGAUGAAACGAGAUGAGGCCGAGACGGAAGACUGCCCUCCACCUCCUGAGUUCAGUACACUGCGCGCUGACAUGGUUGAUGAUGAUACAGACGAGGAGGAUGAGGAGUAUGAUGAGGAGGAGGAUGACCAAGGUAUUAUAUAUGUGAAUGAUGUAGAAGAGGAGAGUAGUAGCUCUGUUAGAAAUACGGCAAAGCCUCACAAAGUGGGCAGAUAGAUGAUGGUCUUACAACCUUCAUCCUGUUAUUUUUGGGCUUGUAAAAGUUAGUUAUAAACAGUUUCUUUGUCUAA